AUGGCUACUUUAAAUCACCUGCAGCUGGCGAACUCGGUUGAAGAAGCUCUCCGAGGAGAGGGAAGGCCCCGAGAGAACCAUGGCCGCGGAGAUGUGCCCUUCUGGGCGAGGCGGCAGCGAGAAAUGGUGAAUUGGAUGCUCAACUCCUUCGUAGGCCUCAUCGGUGCCCGCAUGGGUGUGGCCAUGAUGAAGGCCGUGCCCUUGGUGUCUUUGUUGGUGGUGCUGCGACGCACCUGGCGCUUGAACCAGAUCAUGAUGAGGAAUAGGAGGUCAAAGGUUUGGAUCUUGAUUCGGUCUGCCUUUGAGAUGUGGACCCUGAUCGAAUUGAUUUUUUGGAUCUACUUCAGGUGCAAGAAGUGGAGCUUAGAGGCUCGCCGCGCAUAUCAGCCUCGUGUCCUGUGGAAGGCUCGUGGCGAGAGGCAGCUGGUCGACAGAUUGGGCCUGGAACUGAAGUCAUGGCAUGUUACCUUCAUAAUUGGCCAGGUGCGCGAGGCCGUCCAGAUGACGGAUUUGGAUGAGCGUGUUGUGGGCACUUCAUCCACGAGAUCAAUGCAAAACAUCUUGGACGCUCGAGCAGCAAUGGCCAAGGAGAAGGCAGGGACCCUCGAGCCAGGUGACACUACGGUUGUGCUCCCGCUAGUGCCGAAGCGGGGCACGUUGGGGAGGACAGUGCGGUUGAAAAGUGGCCGCAUUGCAGCAGAGGAUGAAGUCACAGACAAGAUCCUGCAGAAGCUUGUUGAUGAGAUGGUGAUCUUCAAGGCACCCGUCUUGGAGGACAUAAAGAAGUCCAUGAAUCCUACAAGGGCCAAGGAGGCAUUGCUGGGGAAGUAUCGCAUCUCAACGGUCCGACGGUAUUUGGCUUCAUGGCAGAAGUUCAGAGAGUGGGUGGAAGCCUUGGGGAAACCUGGACAGAGGCCAAACAGUGUGGCAUUGGUCGACUACAUGUAUGCCCGGGAGGAGGAAGGCAUGUGGCCCUCAAUCCCCAUCGCGGUGAGCACUGCGGUGUCCUGGUUUGAGCGCACGGCCGGGAUUCCUGAUGAUGAGCAGCUCAUGGGCCAGCAGUUCCCGCAGAUGGUUAUGAAGGAGUUGACGAGGAAGCUGGAGCAGACUGCACCACCGGUCCGUCGGGCGCCUCGGUGGUUGGGGUGCUUCAUAGCGCCUAUGGAAACUCUGGUUGUGGACAAAGCUGUCCCAUUUGAGGUCAGGGUUUGCGCCUGGUUCAAGCUGAUCAAGCUUUGGGCGUCGAUGAGGUUUGACGACGCUGCCCAUUUGAAGACCUCCGAGCUCCGCUUCUAUGACGGCCAGUUGAUUGGUAUGAUGCACCAGUCCAAGACUUCAGGCGCCGGGAAGAGAGUGCGUGAGCUUCCGAUCUUCAUCGCAAAGGAGGCAUAUGCGCUGCACGAGGAUUGGCUGGCGGUGGGAUUUGAGUUGGUGAAGCUCCAGAUGCCCAGAGACAGGGUCUAUGUGUUCCCGGAGGGGUGCUUCUAUGGGUCGAGAUACGGGGCGUCGCACGUCACGUACGCGGAGGCCUCAGCAGGGAGCGCAAGAGCUCUGGCGAUGUUGGAGGGCUACAAUGGCCGCUUGAUCCCGGAUGGCUGGGAGAGGUUCUGGUCAGAGCACAGCGAGCGGGCGACCUUGCCCAGCGGACUUGCAGCUCUGGGCGUGGAGAAGUCCGAUAGGGACUUGCUGGGGAGAUGGUGCCCAGAGGGUUCGGACGUCUACGUGCGGACCUACAAUGCCAUCGUGAGAAAGAUGCAGAAUAAGAUGGUAAAAGUCCUCAGAGGAGCAAACGUGUAUGGAGAACUUGAUGAAGGGGCCGUGAUGGAGGAGCUCAAGGUCUGGCUGCAUGAAAAAUGGACCGUGCAAGAGGAUUUGGCCGAGCAGGUCGUGGAAGCAUGGAAGGACAGGCUGGGCGUCAAGGGAAUGCCAAGGGCUACAGUCCAGAUCUCGGAUGAUGACACCACGAUCUAUGAUGGGUCGCAGAGCGAGAAGGAUGACGGUGAGAAGAGCACUAGGGACCCAAAGAAGAGAAAGGCGAGUGAACCUCUUGAAGAAGAGAGGGAUGGCAAUUUCGUGGUGGUGUACAGGCGUGCCGGCAGGGGCACAUUGCACCGGCUGGGCGACAAGGGCUGCUGGAUGGCAAAGAGAAGGUUCUUUGUGAGAUCAGAGGUCCACAAAGAGUUGCCGCAGCCUGAGGAGUACACGCUUCGAUGCAAGCUGUGUUGGAGCGGAGGAAAUGGACAGCUCAGUGAAUCCACCAGUGAUUCCAGGGACGAGCUGAGUCUCAGAGAUCAAUGCGCAGCAUGCGCAAGGGAAAAUCCAGUGGAGGAGAAGGAUGAGGGCAAGAAGGCCCUGGAAGUUGCGGGUACAGAUAUCAAGUACCUGCUGUCACGACAUGAGGUGAGCAUUGAGAACCAGAAGCUGUUCUUCCACCAUGGAGUGACGACGCUUGAGAAGCUUUCAAAUUUCGCCAAGGACCGGGACGACCUGGCGGCAGUCCUCAAGGACCACUGGGAGUUGGACUCGAGUAGAUCCUUGGAUGAGAGGGUGCAGGUGGCAGCGAUCACGUGCGCCUUCAGCAACGCAAAGACGAGGAGUCAAAGAGCCGCAGAGGUAGACGCCGAGUACGACACCUUGCAGUGGUCGAGGCCGGUAGUGGCCGGAGAAUGGGCGGCCAUGCGGUCAGCAUUGGAGAGGCGCUACGGGCACGUGGAAGACAAGAUCUAUCCUUCCAAGGAGUACAUCGAGAAGAAGUUGGCAGAGGUUGAAAGCGGUGAAUACCGUGCCGAAGAGCUGACUGAAGUCGUGUCGAAGGAGGAAAUCGAGCCUGAUGCUGUGGUGCCUAUUUGGGACUCCAAGGGCCGCCUGGCCAUGCGUAAGGCCUCAACAAAAGUCCCGGAACCGGAGAACGCGGAAGAACUCCGCAGGCGAUUGACGAUCUGGAAGAAUGCCAUGGUCAUGAUUUCGAUGAAGCAUUCCAAUCGCCAUGAACUCCAAGGGGCAUGGGAGGACGCAGUUGAGCAAUACAAGGACUACUUGUUGGGCGAUUACGUGUAUGGCCUCAGUGCAAAAGACGCUGAAGGGCAGACUUUUGCCUCACCACCAUGGAAGCUGGUCAUUGCCUAUGAACGGGCGAUUCGGAAGCAGGCAGUGAAGCUCACGAACACGGAGGGCAAGCCGUUGACGGUGGCCUUGAAGACAGCGUGGAAAGAUGCAACCGUCAAGGAAAGGAACUUCACUACACCAUUGGCAUUGUACGCGAAGAGGCCACCACCGCCGUGGAGGGAGCAGCCAGCGGCCAAGUGGAGGACCCCUGAGAAAGGGGAGAAGGGCAAGGAGAAGGGCAAGAGCAAGAAGGGGAAAGGCAAGGGGAGCAACCCCCACUGCGCCACACACACCCCGGACGGCGAAUUGAUCUGCUUCCGCUACAACACCCCGGGGGAGAAGUGCAAGGUGGCCAAAUGCAAAUACCGCCAUGUGUGCGGAAUAUGCUUUAGCGAGAAGCACCCCCUCUACGAAUGCAAUCCGAAGAGCAGAAAGGAGCCAGAGUCAUUGGAGGAGGUUCUUGGUGGGAAAUCUUCGAAGAAGAGGAAGGUGGAGGAGAGAUCAUUUGGCCAAGAGAAGCGCAAGAGAAGCGAGAUGUGCGUGAAGGAUGAGGUGAAAGUGGACCCUAUGAGUCCGUUGGUCCCGGGAGGACAAGGUGCUCCAAGGGCAUGCCGUUGGAAGGGUUUGGAAGCUCCCUUUCAUGAUGGUGGAGGUUUGGCUUCCCCCGGGAGAUGGCCGCCUGAGAGGAGGAAGAAGCUCGAAGAGGAGGUAUGGGUGGCCGUGAGGCAUCAGUUGCGGCUGGAGGCGGUACGCUCCCUCGGGAGUGUUGCGGAGGUGGAGAGAGAAGCGUUCAGAAUGACAAGAGGGGGCGAAGCUUUCAGUCUGGUCAGGGACGCUGCAUUCCUUCGGAGAAUCAGGGAGGUUUUGUCGGAGAAGCUUGGGAUCAUGGACCAGGCAGAGCCGGAAGAGGGGCAGCCAUUCUUUCUGGGCCUCAUGAAGGAAGUAUUGAGGAAGGCUGGUGAUCCGGAUUGGGCCUUCCUGGAGCAAGCGAAGACGGGGUUUCCACUUGGAGUGCUCAACGAACUGCCACGGACACCGGAGGUGUUUGAGGAGCAGCUACGUUGGAACCUGGAGAGUGAUGGCUGGGGUGAGGCUGCUUUGCAAAAGAGCAAUUACGCCUCGGCUGAGGAGCAUGAGAAGUAUCUGGUGGAGCACUUGGAGCAGGAGGUGUCGGAAGGCCUCAUGGUCAAGAUGGAGGAGGAUGCUUUUGUGGAGAAGUUUGGGGACAACAGAGCAGUAGCAGCAUUGGCAGUUCUCGUGGAGGAUGAGAUCACGGGCAAGAAGCGUGUCAUCCAUGAUGGCACGCAUGGUGUGAGGGUGAACCAUCGGAUCAAGUGCAGAGACAAGGUCCGUAUGCCUGGUCCUAGGGAGAAGAGAGCCUUGUUGGAAGAGUAUGAGGCCGAGCAUCAUGCAGUGCUCUCGCUGGUGGGCGAUUUUGCGAAGGCUCAUCGCCGUUUCAAGUAUGCUGAGGAGGAGCAGGGCUUCCUUGGAUGCAAGUCUUCCACUCAGUCGAGCACGGUUUACGUGAACCAAGUGGGCACCUUUGGGGUUGCAUCGACUCCGUAUUGGUGGGCAAGGUUGAGUGCAGCCCUGAUGUGCUGGCCAUUUGCGUUUGGGGCCCCAUUCAAGUGGUCAAAACAGAGGGGUGGCCUCAUCACAGAGUGGAUUGGUCUGACGACAGACUAUCAGACCUAUUCGAUGGGGCUCUCAGUGAAGAGGACAGAAUGGGUGAUCGGCUGGAUACAGUCAUUGAGGGAGCGCAAGGAGGUGUCCUACAGAGAGUUUGCGGCGGGGCUAGGCAGGCUUGGCUUCUCUGCUCUGGCACUCCCCUGGGAGAAACCGCUCCUUGGGCCUUUGUAUGCAUGGUCGUCGGCAAUCCAAUCGAACAAGGGUGAGAUGACCAUUCCCUGGGCAGUUCUGUUCAUUUUGGGCUGGAUAGCACAGAGGCUCAAGACCGGGGGCCGCAUGGAGGUCGUGAGGCGGCCCCAGGGCUCCGCCUCGCGCAUGGUGAGGAUCUGGACGGACGCCAAAGCAACAGAACAGGCUGCUUGGAUAGGGGGUUGGCUUGAAGAGAGCUCCAACAGCAGGGAUUGCAGGUGGUUUUCAUUGAAGGUGACGGAGAUCAGUGCGCCCUGGCUAUACUGUAGGCAGAAGAAUCCCAAAAGAGUGAUUGCAGCACUGGAGCUCCUGGCCACGUUGGUGGCCUUGAAGCUGUGGCUUGUUGAGGCAGGGGCAUCAGCAGAGGUAUGUGCAGAAGCCUUUACAGACAACAAGGGCAACGCAUUCAUCAUUCGCAAGGGCCUUUCAACGAAGUACCCAGUGACGAUUUUGGUCAUUGAGAUUGCGGAGACGCUCAGGAGGACGGACACCUUUGCAACCUUGACGUGGGUGAGGAGAGAUGGAAACACAUUGGCAGACGCUCUGACCAAUGAAGAUUUCAGUUCCUUCGAGAGCCAGAAGAGAGAGCAAGUCGAAGAGAGCAAGCUGAAGUGGUACGUCAUGGACGAGCUCCUCAGGGGCAGUGAGACGUUGUUCAAUGAGAUCAAGGAACACAAGAAUAGAAAGAAAGUUGAGAAGGCCAAUGGAAAUCAGACCAGGAAGAAGGUCGAAAACUUCUUGCGCCUUUCAGACGAGCCCAACCCCUUUGGCACGGAGGUGGCAAGGGCCUCUCAGAGCUUUAUGCCCUCCACAGCUCCAUCGGUGGAAAACCUGCUGCGAUCUUGGGAGGUUGCAGACACAACACCAAGAACACCAGCUGAAGUUGAUGUGCACUGCCUGAAGCAUUUGGAGUUGUGCUCAUGGUUUUCUACACUGACCCCGGAAGGGAAACGAGAUAUUUGCAGAGAUGUUCGACAAGUUCGCCGAGGGAACAUCGAACAAUGGGUCUUGUCCUAUUUCUUUGACGGGGCCGAAUCCACUUCGGAGCUCACGGACCACGAGUCUGUGGAGGUUCAGGAGCUAAUUGAUGCGGUGGCCACGUGGGCUGACCUGCCGUUGCCGGACGCGCUCAAAGAUUGGGCCGGAAAGAAUGAAGGCUUGAAGUGCUUUCGCAUGAGGAAUGAUCCAUUUCCAGCUGUUCACCGGCCGCUGCUGGCCUAUGUCAACACCGCUUUUCUGGCGCCUGCCAUUGGACAUCAGGCCUUGAGCUUCUUGGGUUUUCGUCCCUUUCGCUCUGGCAGCACCGAGUAUUGGUUCCGACCUCCAGAACCUGAAAAGCACUGGGCGAGCGGCUUGCGACCUCGCAUCUUAGCGUCGGGGAAAGCCUUGGUUUUUUGCCAUGGUAUUGGCGUGGGGCCCACCAUGUGCAUCACAUUUCUGCAACGAUUGACAAGAUCUUUGGGACAGGAGCAUCCAAUCUUCCUUGUGGACACUGCUGGAAUCUCCAUGAGAUUUUCAGACGAUGUCCCAGGUGCCCGAGAGGUUGCAGCGAACAUUGAGAACAUGCUGCAG